AUGGAAGAGCCGCCGGAGGGGCACGGCCACCGAGACGCGGCGCCCGGCCCGGCGAGCAGCGGCAGCGGCAGCGAUGGCGAGAGCGUGCCCGUGUCCCCCAGCCCCGCGCCCGCCUCCCCCGCCGCGCCCUGCCCCCUGCCCCUGCCCCGCCGCCGCCACCCGCCGCCCCCGCCGCCGCCCCCGCCGCCCCACCGCACCACCAACUUUUUCAUCGACAACAUCCUGAGGCCGGACUUCGGCUGCAAGAAGGAGCUGCCCGCGCCGGCCGGCGGCGGAGGAGGAGGCAGCCGGGAGCGGGACGGAGACCGGGGGCAGAGCUCAGGUAGAGAAAACGUCAACCCGCUGCUGGCCCGGCCGCCCAACCCGCCCUCCCUCCUCUGCCCGGACUCGAACUGCCGUCCCGACGGCUCCGCGCCGCCGCCGCCGCCCGCCGCCGCCAAAGCCAGUCCUGCCGCGGCGGCGGCAGCGGCGGCGGCGGCGGCGUCGGGGGCGGCCAAGUCCCCCGCCGACGGGGGCGAGACUCACCCGGCGAAGUACGGGGAGCACGGCAGCCCCGCCAUCCUCCUCAUGGGCUCUAAUAAUGGAGGACCUGUUAUAAAGCCCGACUCGCAACAGCCGCUGGUGUGGCCUGCCUGGGUCUACUGCACUAGGUAUUCAGACAGACCGUCCUCGGGCCCCCGCACCAGGAAGCUGAAGAAGAAGAAGACGGAGAAGGAGGACAAGCGGCCGCGGACGGCGUUCACGGCCGAGCAGCUGCAGCGGCUGAAGGCGGAGUUCCAGGCGAACCGGUACAUCACGGAGCAGCGGCGGCAGAGCCUGGCCCAGGAGCUCAGCCUCAACGAGUCGCAGAUCAAGAUCUGGUUCCAGAACAAACGAGCCAAGAUCAAGAAGGCGACGGGCAUCAAGAACGGGCUGGCGUUGCACCUCAUGGCCCAGGGACUCUACAACCACUCCACCACCACCGUGCAGGACAAAGAGGAGAGCGAGUGA